AUGGGAAAGCGCAAGAAGUCAAGCCGGCAGCCGCAAGGGCCCCGAAAGCGGGAACCUCUUGCGACUACCUUCGCAUGUCUAUUCUGCAACCAUGAGAACUCGGUCGUGGUCAAGCUGGAUAAGAAGUUGGGUUUAGGAGACCUGUCGUGUAAAGUCUGCGGCCAAAAGUUCCAGACGGGCAUCAAUUACCUCUCUGCCGCAGUGGACGUAUACUCGGAUUGGGUGGAUGCGUGUGAUGCCGUGGCCAAGGACACGGCCAACCAAUACGACGGGGGCGCGAGUACGCAGGCCGGGAACAGCAAGCCCGAUGCAUCGGCGGAUGUUGGAGAUGGCGAUACCUACGAGGGGGAAGACUAUUGA